GGCCGCCACCAGCCCCGCCCGCUGCGCUCAGCGCCGGGAGCGGGGCGGAGCCGGAACCUCGGCGCGGCGGAACCUGAGCGCGCGGGGCGCAGCGGGGCCCUUUGCGCGCCGGACCGUGUGCCACGUCUGAGGGGCCGGGCCGCUCGCCGCGGGGCUGCAGCCAUGGUCUCGGUCAUUAACACCGUGGACACCUCUCAUGAGGACAUGAUACACGAUGCACAGAUGGAUUACUAUGGCACUCGGUUAGCAACCUGUUCUUCGGACAGAUCCGUGAAAAUCUUUGACGUUCGGAAUGGAGGGCAAAUCCUCAUUGCGGACCUGAGAGGGCAUGAAGGUCCUGUGUGGCAGGUUGCCUGGGCUCAUCCUAUGUAUGGGAAUAUCUUGGCUUCCUGUUCCUAUGACAGGAAAGUUAUUAUCUGGAAGGAAGAAAAUGGCACUUGGGAAAAGACAUAUGAGUACACAGGGCAUGAUUCCUCAGUGAAUUCUGUCUGCUGGGCACCGCAUGACUAUGGGUUGAUCCUGGCCUGUGGGAGCUCUGAUGGGGCCAUUUCAUUAUUGAGCUACACGGGUGAUGGGCAAUGGGAAGUCAAAAAGAUCAGCAAUGCACAUACGAUUGGAUGUAAUGCAGUUAGCUGGGCUCCUGCUGUUGUACCAGGAAGUCUUAUAGAGCAACCAUCUGGCCAAAAACCAAACUACAUCAAAAGAUUUGCAUCUGGUGGCUGUGACAACCUUGUCAAGAUCUGGAAGGAAGAAGAUGGUCAGUGGAAAGAAGAGCAGAAGCUGGAGGCCCAUAGUGACUGGGUUCGAGAUGUAGCCUGGGCUCCAUCCAUAGGUUUGCCAACAAGUACCAUUGCCAGCUGCUCACAGGAUGGCCGAGUGUUUAUCUGGACAUGUGAUGAUGCCUCUGGAAAUUCAUGGUCACCAAAGUUGCUGCACAAGUUCAAUGAUGUGGUCUGGCAUGUGAGCUGGUCCAUCACUGCAAAUAUCCUUGCAGUGUCUGGAGGAGACAAUAAAGUCACGCUAUGGAAGGAAUCAGUAGAUGGACUGUGGGCAUGUAUCAGCGAUGUCAACAAGGGCCAAGGAGGGGUAUCUGCCGUUACAGAGGGUCAGCAGAAUGAGCAGUGAUGCAGGAGUGAAUGUUCCAGCUGUGACAAGGGAUUACUAGACCUGAUUUGCAAUGUUUCUUGGAGGGGACAAGAACUGAUUUUAUCUAAACUGCACAUGAACAUGGGAAACAAAUUAUCCAGUUUUAUGAGCACUCUUAACUAUUGCUGGGAGGCUACAAUAUGUUGAUAAUCAGCCUUAAUUGACAUUCCCUUAAAUUAAAGGUAAAGAGCAUAGCACUUUGCCUUAUACUACUCCUUGACGCUGUAGAAAUUGUACCCUGCUUUUCUGGUUUAUGGAUCAAAUUUAUUCAGAUCAUGUUGUGGUCAGACUUCAAGCACUGAGGCAUGAACUCCUUUGUGCAAGAGGACAAACACUCUCCUCUUUCAAAGGCCAGAACUUUGUUUCAAGUGAGGGGAAGGACUGAUGGAGUUUCCAGCAUUAGAUGACCACGUGCUAGCUAGCACUUCUGGUUAUAGUGAAGUGGACCUUAGAUCUUCAUGAAAAUAAUGUGUUUGGAUAUAUCAAUGUCUCUGUGCUUUCCCAAAGGUGAAAAGGAGUAGUAGAAUGCAUGUGUCUUUUGCUUUACAGUAAUCUUGAACUUGGUUAUUUAACCAACGUCAAUAAAUCAAACCAUAAUUUGGAGAUACUUUUUUUUUUAGCCACACUUCUUUACUGUUUCUCAGGUUUUUUUGUUGAGAUACCAA